GUUUGCAGUCUGGAUUAUUAAGUGUUGUAGAGCUAUACACAGCAAUGCCGGAGUUAACUUCGAAGGUUGCCACAAUUUCUAAGAAGGGGUUCAAGAAAGCUGUCAUUAAGACUCAGAAGAGGGAGGGGAAGAAACGCAAGAAAUGCCGAAAAGAGAGCUAUUGUAUUUAUAUCUACAAGGUGCUAAAGCAGGUUCAUCCAGACACGGGCAUCUCCUCAAAGGCUAUGAGUAUCAUGAAUUCCUUUGUCUCUGACACAUUUGAACGUAUAUCGAGUGAGGCAUCACGCCUGGUGCAUUACAACAAGCGCUCAACCAUCUCGUCGCGGGAGAUCCAGACGGCUGUGCGGCUGCUGCUGCCCGGGGAGCUUGCCAAGCACGCCGUGUCCGAGGGCACCAAGGCCGUCACCAAGUACAACAGCUCCAAGUGAGACAUCUAGCUGACCUUAUCUCCACUCCAAAGGCUCUUUUAAGAGCCACCUACGCUUUCUGAAGGAAGUACUGUACACUUGUUACCUGAUAAGCCAGACAGACCUUUAGCUUCAGCACCAAUAUGUUGACUUUUAAAAGUUUGCCCAGUACUUGCAAGCUUUCUGUUAGAGGGAGAUUAAUUAAUCCAGUGGCUCUCCAACAUUACGAUCAUAACACUAAAAGUGUUCAGGGCUGGGAAUGUAGCUCCGGUAGAGUGCUUGCCUAGAGUGUGAGAGGCCCUGUCCUGGUUUGCAUCCUGAGCAUGGCCGAAAAGGUUUAGUCUGUUAACUACCUAGCCAAAUUGUUGGGUUCCAAAAACAAAAAGGCAAGAUUUUCACACUUCAGUGCAAAUCUGUUCUGAAAACAAAUGUGUAGAGAAAUGUACAGAUGGUACACUGAGCUUUGGGACUCAAGUUCCAGCUAGCCUGAACCAUUGGGAAAAUUUCCCCCUCCAUACUCCACAGCCAACAUAAACAGGAAGAAAGCCUUAAUUCUACGUCAGACUUCUCUAAGGUUUUCUCAAGUCUAUAGCUAUGGGCCUCUUUGGCUCAGUUACCUGAUGAAGGGUUUGAUUUGGUAAGAGAUGACCUGGAAAAGGCAAAGGUCUGCUUGCUCUCCAUGGCAUUCAUCAGUAGACACAUCCAUUCAGAGCUGGGGUUAUAAAUUUGCAGGCUCUCUGAAUUGCUUCACUGGAAAUGAAUUUUCACUGAAAGUGUGAUAGUUAAUAAAUUCAUACACUCCACAGAACCAGUGUAGUCAGCUGUUCUGCUUGCUUUAUAAUUGAAUGUAAAAGAAAAUGGCUUAAAUUAGAACAAAUACACUUGAUAAACCAUGAACUUAUUACUCUUAAGCAACAAAACUUAUGAUCUUCACCUGGUGGCUGGACAAUUUUGCUUGCUGGUGGUGUACUUGGUAACAGCUUGGGUGCCCGCAAACACCAUGGGCCUGGCCAGCUUCCCUGACAGCAGCAGCCACAUGGUAGUCUGGAUCUACCCAAGGUGUGCUCAAAGGUAUCACAGACAAAAGUACUCACAAUGCUCAUGGCCUUGGAAGAGAUCUGGAAUUGGGGUGCACCUGCUGCAGUACCUAGAUAUAAACAUCUCUUUUGGUGGCCUGUCCUGUGCUUGCUCCUACCGCCCUUCUAGUCUUAAUGACCACCUUCUACAAGCCCUCUUAGUGCAGUUGCAUGUAAGAUUGGUAUUGCAAGAGUAUAUCCAAAAGGUUCAAAUUAAGAGUCUGACACAAAGGGAGCUGUGGUAGUUAUAGGACAUUAUGCACAUGAUGUUUUUUAUCAUCCGGCAUGUGAUUGGAUACUGGCUUGUGUGUAACUGAGGUGAAACCUGUAUGGUUUCUGAUUGGAUGAUGGCUAAGCAAUAGAUGAGUCACACUCUGCACUCAGGCUAUAAACAGGCCAGAAACCUGCCUUAACGGUAAUUUUUUUCAGUUACAACAGAAUCUUCUGAGCUCUGCCUCAGUGUGGAAGGGUCCAGGCUAAGCCCUCAUCUCCUUGGUUCCCAUCGUCCACUGAGUACACUUCCAGCUCUAUGAGUACUUAGGAUCUUGGCAUUGUACCUGGAGCUGGCCGGCAAAGCACCGAAAGGAUGACAAGCCCGAGUUGAGGAGAAAUGUGUCCACAGCUUUGAAUCCAGGCUGCAAUGCUGCCCAGAUACUGGGAAUCGCCACCACCAAGAUCAGUGCUGUCAACGUUUUGCAUAUUACUCAGACCAGUGAGCGGCUGGCACUGGAGGGGAAGAGAGCCACAUUUAUAAAGGAGUUACAGAGAACAAUAACAGCAGAUUCACCAGUAUGAACUGAGUGCAGAUUCACACCUUAACUGAGUGCAGCUUUCCCAAAGGAGCAGGACCCAGUACUUCUUUCUGCUUAUAGAGGUGCUCAUUUUAGUGCUCAGUAAUAUUGACAGAGGAACUUAGGGUCCUAGGUGGAACUGUGUCAGAACCCACUUAGGGCUGAUAAAGCAGUCCUGUAGCUGAAUUCUGGCAGUGGAGAUGCUAACACUAUUGGGAAAGGAGCACAUCUACAUUAGGGCAUGAUUGUGACCAUCUAAGAAUGAAGAUGUGGAAUCUCAUGUCGGGACUUCUUUAGGUAGAGGGUACCCCUACCACAUCUAGUGAUUCAGCCUAAUUCUAUGCCUAUUUUUAAAUGAGGAUACAGUUCGAUUAAGUGGUUGAAUUGAAAGCAAAGAAAAAGAUAAACUUUGUAAACUCUAAUGCUUACAGGUCAUUAUUAAGCAGCAAUUUUAUCCAUUUUACUGCAAGUUUUUGCAAGUAUCUUUCAGCAAGGAAUUUCUAAGAACUCUAGGAUGGUUAUGUUCCUUGAAGUCUGUAAAGCACUGCCAUGUUAACAAACCAAGAUAGAAGGCACAUGUGAAUCUUUGAUAGUUUAUAGAAUACUUAGAAAAUGUCUCAAAUAAAAACCUAAUGCCAUUGUGAAAUUUAGAGCAAAGUGACAAGCUUUCUAUCACUACUCAGAAAUAUCAGACACUGGAUUCUACCACCGAAAAUAUUGAUUUUACUACUGAAAAUUUAUUCUACCAUUGAAUAUGAAGCAAAAUGUUGAUUUUUUAGCACUCCUUGUUAGUAAACACUGAAAUAUCUGAGAACAGUAAAGCAGCCAAAUAUAAAAUUUCUAUACAAAAACAAAAAAGCCCAAAUUCUUCAAACAUUGUAAAACAAAGCAGAAGUCUUCACACUUAUAGCAAGCUUACAGAUAUUUUUUAAAAAACUUGCAAAGUUAAAAAUUAUUUUCUUAACAAUGCUUGUGUCCAUAAAAUUAUCUCCAAGCCUACAGAACUGAAUACAUAGGAGAACUGUUUGUUGGAAAUUAUUAAACCUCUUAGAAACUUCACUUAAAAGGAAUGGAAAAUAAAUUUAGGAAUUAUUUUAAAAAUAUAAGACAUAGUUUUAAAGAAUCUAUGUUAAUAUAUUUGAAAAUAUUGAUGAAAUGUAACAGUUUCUGAAAUAGUAGCAUAAAUCACUUAAAGUAAACCUAGGAAGCAGUGAGGACUAAGGAGUAUGGAGAAAAAGCUGGGGUCAUUGGUGACUUCACAUCCUCAAGCUUCAGGUAAAGGAGGACUUUAAGGAAAAACAAGUUUCUCCAACCUAGGUGGUUCCCCUUUACACUUCCCCUCCCUACAGCUUUUGUUCUUUGUUCUAUUACAAGUAAAAUUAAUAACUUUGCCCCAGUAAGUAAGGUUUCACAACCUCCUGUUCUCAUAAGAUCCUGUUUUUACCUGACCAAGGCCACCAAGAGAUGCUAAGUUGCAAAGCUGUCACAGCUUGACUGAUUACCUUUGUUCUACUUCUGUCCACAAGUUAGGUAGACACCCCCGCCCCCUGCAACACAUAUAAAACUAAAGCUCUUCCUUUGUUCUGGGGUCAGCCUUUGGACAUGAGUCUGAUGAGCCACUGUGCACCUAAAUAAAUCUUCCUGUUUCACCCAUUGUUUUCUCCGAUGUCUCACAUUCCGCAACAAGGCCUUCAUGAAUGUUUCCUCUUAGAAACAUUAUCUUAGAAAAGAUAAAUCAACAGCUAAUGAAUCCCAUUCAUAUUUGCUCAGAAAUAUGAUAAAACUCAAUGAAGAAAGCAUGCUACUAAGUGUGGAACAUUCUCAGUCAUGAGUAAGAAUCUACAAAUCUUCCUUUAAAUGUAAACAACCAACACUGUAAAGCCCAUUAAAAGUUAACAAUGAUGGGUUGGGACUGUGGCUCAGUGGUAGAGUGCUUGGGAAGCAUGCACAAGGCCCUGGGUUGGAUCCCUAGCAUGACAAAAUUAGUAAAUUUUUUAAAAUUAACAAUGACAAGCUAGGAUCCAUCUAAGAAUACAAGAUUGGUUGAAUAUUAAAGUAUAAACUUAAUUCACUUCAUAAAGUUAGAAAAAAGUUAAUCUCAUGUUAAACCUCAAUAGAUGUUUAAAAAAGCACUUACUAAUAUAUUUAUUUGGGUAAGUUUUUUCUUAGUAGAGUACUAGUAAUUUUUUUAGCAGACUUUCCCAAACACUAUUGUUUUUUUUUUGGUACCGAGGAUCAAACUCAGGACCUUGCGGCUUUCGAGGCAGGUGCUGGAACCACUGAGCUAAAUCCCCGGCCCCUAACUAUUGUUUAAUGUUAUUAUAGAUUAUUAAACUUAAAAAUAUUUAGAUUCAGCAGCACUAGAGAAGAAUAAAAAAUUAGGUGCAAGUAACUCCUAGAGAGGAAUGCCCCACAGUUAACUGUGAAAUAAUAUUGGAAUCAACAAUCUCCUCAGAGAAAUCCACACUUACCGAGAAGGAGCUGUCAUCAAGUUUCAGUAAGUCAUUUGUAUUCAAUGUAAUAACUGCAGCUCCUUAAAAAUGCUAGUACUUAUCAAGUUAAAUAAAGUGGAACUUUGUUGCUGAGUGUUGGCUGUUUUUCAUUUAUAAAUUUAGAAAUGAAGUAUUCCACUGAAAUUGGACUGAGGAGAGGGAAUUAAAGAUAAAUGAAAUUAGGAAUGAGCAAGGACAAACGUCUUAGUUUUAAAGCCCCGAUGAAGAAAUAAGCAUAUCUGAUUAUUCUCUAAAGUGAGUGAAUGAGGAGUGGAGCUAUUAAGAGAGCAGUCUUGCUCUAACAUGGUCUGUUGUACAAAACACAAACAAGGGAGCUGCCUUAGUCCUCUGAUAAAUGCAUUAGAAACAUCCAAUAUGGGAACAACACAGAAUUAAAAUGUACAAACUAUGUAGCAGAGUUGAGAGGUUUUAAAAGUUUUUGUUUUUGCUACAAUAAACAAAUUAAAAAAUGUCUUUUUCUAUAUGACUAUGUCAUACUCAAAUACACACAGAUAACCAAUAACUAAAGCAAGUAUUCUAAAACAAUAUACUACUGUGGAAGGAUUCUGAGGUUACUAUUCUAAGUCAUUGUCUUGUUCUUUUGUUCUCCUGUGUAUAUUAUAUUAUAAUCAGCCCAUGACUUUCUGUUUGGAACAUGACUGGGAUGAUGGGAAUGGUCACCAGGGCAGAACACUUAGCAUACAGGGUUAGCCAAUAAAGCAACUACACUUGCUGGAUGCCCAGUGGCUCAGAGCCCGUGAGUGCUCCCCAAGCUAAGCCAGUAAAAUCUUCCCUGGUAUUUUCAGACCUAGAGAUUGAAGGGGAACAAAAUAGGGCUGCUGGGCAAUUCAAAGACUUUAGAAAAUUAAUCCUGAUUUUCUUUUUGGCAGCAGAAUUAAUGGCUGCACAGGCAUCAAAAUAUAAGGUUACUGUGUCU